CGACAACAACACAACAAUGGAUCAAUUCUCCGCAUAUUGGCGAUCCUUAGUUUACACUCAAAAUAUAGAUUUAAUUCAAAAUCAUUUUGAGCAAACACCAAAACAUGAAUAUAGCUUUUGAAACUGGGACAAAUAAUGUCGUUGUUUAUAUUGUCGGAAUCUGGAGUAAAAUAACAACAAGGAGCACUGUAUAACAUUGGGAUUAUAAAAUUCAUACGAACGCAUUCAACUAAGUGACUACGUAUAUCUAGAGGGUACACUAUUCAAGAAUGUUUACGCCUCGGGAAAAAUAGGCCAAAUUCGUCAUAAGGUUUAAUCUCGUGGGAACCGUGUGAGAGUGGAUUACAUCUCGGGUAGAGGAGGGAGACACAAGAUGCAAUUGGAGGCCCUCGCACUCGAAUUUGCAGUUUCACUGGCAGUGAUAUUGCAAGUAAUAGCAGUUACAACAGACGCGCCACGGGGCACGGAUGCAACAACGGACCCCGCCUUCACACAACCUGUCAGGGGAGGACAACAGUCAGUUCAGGACUUCUUGGACGAUUUGCUAUCAAAUGGCUAUGAUGGGCGAGUCAGACCCUUCGCUGACGACAAUAAACCGGUGACUGUCACGGUUGACAUCAGAAUCAAUUCAAUAAGCUCAAUUAAUGAAUUACAAAUGGACUACUCAGUGAAUACGUACUUCCGGCAGCGUUGGACAGACCCCAGGUUGAGCUUCACACGCUUCAACCAUUCACUUACGCUCAACUACAAUCAGGUCGAAAGGAUAUGGGUCCCAGACACAUUCGUAUCCAAUGAGAAAGAAGCCAAAUUCCAUGAUAUCACAACCCCAAAUAGGCUUCUAAGGAUAUGGCCAGAUGGAAAAAUUCUUUACAGUCAGAGACUGUCUCUCAAAUUGGGCUGUCCGAUGGACCUGCAAUAUUUUCCUGUUGAUAAUCAGUCUUGUGCUAUAACGCUUGAAAGUUAUGGCUAUACUACGAGAGAUAUAAUCUUAAUUUGGACCCCAGGUACCGAUGGAGUUGAAGUCGCUCCUACAAUUAGCCUGCCAGAAUUCUCGGUUAGUGGUUUUUCCAAGGGAGAUUGUACUGCUGUUUAUAGUACAGGUUCGUUUACUUGUAUAUAUGGCAUGCUUUAUUUGGAGCGAGCCAUUGGAUUCUACUUAACUCAGACGUACAUCCCUAGUAUACUUGUGGUCAUACUUUCGUGGGUCGCAUUUUGGAUUGACAAUAAAGCGGUGCCCGCCAGGGUGACUCUUUCUCUCCUAACAGUUCUCACGAUCACAACCCAAUCGUCCGGGGUCCUCGGUCAGCUUCCAAGAGUGUCAUACGUCAAGGCAAUCGAUGUGUGGAUGGCGACAUGUCUUGUUUUUGUUGUUGGCGGGUUACUAGAAUACGCCCUUGUGAAUGUUCUCUCAAGAAAGGAAUUUAUGACGCCGUAUGCAGAGGACGAAGAGGAAGAUGAGGAGCGCAACGAAAAGAAAAAAGCAAACAUGUCCGAGGUAAUAAUCAACCCGGAUUCGUUUGUUGCUAGGCAACCGAGUGCUCUGAACCCUAAUAAGGUCACAACAAACGGCAAACAAAGUGAACUCAAAAAGAGGACCAAUAAUAACUCAACUCUUAACUCAUUAGUAGCAGGAAUACAUACAGAUACACCUAUUCCUGAUAUCGACGAUAAGAAAAGAUGCUGUGGAAUAAGCCGGAACAACAAAGCUGCUAUUGUUGAUAUGAUUGCGAGGAUACUCUUCCCUCUUGCCUUCCUUAUUUUCAACAUUGGAUAUUGGUGGGCCUACGUUGUUCAGAACCCCAGAUAUAAUACAUCAUAGGAUGUAUUGGUCCCUGGAAAACAUAAUGUAGAGAAUAAGAAAAAUAACACCACCUCGCAUCAAACAGCCGCCACACCAAGAAAUUUAUCUACUACAGUGUAGCCAACUUCAGCUUCCGAGAGCAACAAAAGUAUCCGAUUGUUCCAUAGACCAUGACGUUCAUGAAAUCUUCGGUUCGGGUGCAUCGGUGAUUUUCAAACUCAAAUGUUGUGAUUCCACGUUGUCCAGCUGCUCAUGACUUCUCUCAUAAAGAAGAGAGCUUGGAAUAGAAAAUCUAUCAUUCUGCACUAUGACCUGCGUUUACUAUUGAGUAAUAGUAAUCAUAUCAACCAUCUUAU